CGAACUGCUAUCAAGGAAUUAAGAUAAUACUGGUACAGGAUGGACGUGGCAAACAAUACUGCUGGAAGUGCCUUCCAGAAUGCUGGAGUUGGUACAGUAGACUUGGUGGUUAUUGUUCUCUAUCUAAUCUGUUGCUUGAUCUGUGGUCUUUGGGCAACAUGGAGAACACAGCGUGGAUCUGUGGCCGGAUAUUUUCUGGCGGGAAGAGAUAUGCUGUGGUUUGCUAUUGGAGCUUCACUUUUUUCAAGUAAUAUAGGUAGCGGAAGUUUUAUUGGUUUGGCCGGUACAGGAGCAGCCAAUGGUCUUGCAGUAGCUAGUUAUGAACUAAACGGUUUGUUCUGUUUGUUAUUGUUGGCUUGGUUAUUCGUUCCAGUUUAUAUAUCAAGCGGUGUGUAUACUUUACCAGAAUAUUUACUGAAACGAUUUGGUGGUCAGAGAUUACAGGUGUAUAUGGCAGCCUUAUCGCUGAUUAUAUACGUUUUCACUAAAAUAUCAGCUGAUAUGUACGCGGGUGCUAUUUUUAUUAAUCAAGCUGUACAAUGGAAUAUAUAUGUUGGUGUAUUAGUUUUAUUAGCUAUAACAGCUAUAUAUACUGUCUCUGGUGGGUUAAAGGCUGUUAUCUACACUGAUACUCUACAAACAGUUAUAAUGGUUGGCGGUGCCUUGGUUCUCAUGGUUUUAAGUUUUGCUAAGGUGGGUGGAAUAGAAAAUAUCUAUGAAAAAUAUCAAUAUGCUGUACCUUCAACUCAUACCAACAGCACGUGCGGUAAACCAACAGAUGAAGCCUUCCAUUUGUUACGUAGUGUUGAUGCGGGUGAUCUCCCUUGGCCUGGAAAUGUCUUUGGUAUUACAAUUCUUAGUACCUGGUACUUCUGUUCUGAUCAGGUUUUGGUACAAAGAUCGCUAGCAGCUAAGAAUAUGCAUCAUGUGAAAGGUGGAUCUAUCAUGGCUGCCUACCUUAAAGUUUUACCCUUAUUUACAACAGUUUUUCCUGGAAUGAUUAGUCGCAUCUUGUUUCCAGAUCAAAUAGCUUGUGUAGAUCCUGAUAUAUGUGAAAGUGUUUGUGGUAAUAGAGCCGGAUGUACCAACAUAGCUUACCCUAAACUCGUUAUAGAACUCAUGCCAAUAGGUUUAAAAGGUUUGAUGUUGGCGUCCAUGAUGGCGGCUCUCAUGUCAUCUUUAACUUCUGUAUUUAACAGUUCUAGUACUAUAUUUACUAUUGAUAUCUGGAAACGAUUCAGACCCAAAUGUUCUGAUGCUGAAAUGUUGGUUGUUGGCAGAGUUUUUGUUUUGGUCCUAGUUGUAAUUAGUAUUGUCUGGAUUCCUGUCCUUCAGGCUUCUCAAGGGGGGCAACUCUUCAAUUACAUUCAAGCGGUUACUGGCUAUUUCGCGCCACCAGUUUUAUCUUUAUAUUUGUUAGCUAUAUUGUGGCCGAGAACAAAUGAAAAGGGAGCUUUCUGGGGUUUAAUGGUUGGUUUGGUUAUUGGUGUAGUCAGGAUGGCUUUAGAUUUUGGUUAUGGAACUCCGGCAUGUGGUGAAGAAGACAACAGACCAAUUAUUAUAUCAAAGAUUCACUUUCUACAUUUUACCAUUUUAUUAUUUGUUAUAUGUAUCCUUGCUACAGUGAUUGUCUCCUUAUUUACAGAAGCUCAAGAUCCCCAAAACAUAAUUCGAUGUACAUGGUGGACACGCCAUAGUGCAGAAGAACGAGUUAUGUUCCCUGAAGAACAGAGACGUCAUGAUCUACACGAGAUCGCUAAUAACGAACUAGCUAAUGUUCCUGUUGUCGAUGUUUCCACGUUACCAAAAUGGCGCCGUACCGUGUACCUUAUCUGUGGUUAUGAACCACCUCAGCGUGUCGACAUAACAGAAGAAGAAAAGAUAGCUGCGCAGAAAUUACUUACAUCUGUUCACGAAGAGCCAAAAUGGAAAAUGUUUGUGAAUUUAAAUGCUUUGGUUUUAAUGUCCUUUGGAAUAUUUCUAUGGGGAUUUUUUGGUUAAAGAAGGAUAGAAAAUGGUUUCAAUUUUUAUUAUGAACAUAAUCUGCGAAAUUAUUUCUGUAGUUGGGAGAGACAAGUUAUUGUGUUGGUGGCCACCUCUGGGUUUAGGUGUUUGUUACAUUUGUAACUAUGUACUUAUUUUAUGUUAUUUAUGUAUAUGUAGUUGUUUGUAUUAACAUAUUAUCUCUUUGAUAAUCGAGACGAAGUGUAUUUUAAGGGAUAGUUCCAUCUUAAGUGUUCUUAUCGCCAAUCUGAUUAAAACACGGAUCCUAUUUCGUUUAGUUUUUUUUUAUAGUUCAAAAUUUCGUUUUACUUGUCUUCACUAUACUAGGAUCUGGAAGAGUUGUUAUAUUAUCGGCGUUUUGGUUGAAGGGAGGGGUAAGCCAAUGAAACAGUCUGUUACGGCGACUUCUUGGCGUGCCAUGCAUGGAACUGUGGGUAAACCACUAGAAACGCCAACGCUGAUGGAUUAAUCAAUGUCUGAACUCAUAGGGUCAAAAGCCGCUCGUACGACCCCUGACACUACCUCAUAGUACAACUUUUCAGAUCUUUAUGUAGUGUAGGCCAUCGAAAGUAUAAAAAAACGAAACGAAAUAUAGAUCUGUAUUUUAAUCAGAUUGAUUAUAUGGUAUAAAACAGUUUGUCUAUAUAGUAUAAUGUACUGUUUUCUAUGUAAAUUCCGGUUGUAAAUGUACUGUUUUCUAUGUAAAUUCCGGUUGAAAUUUGAACGGAGGGGCGUUAAUGCUGAAAUGAGAACAGGUAGCAUGCAAUGUCUCUAGGUACCAAUUGUAUUGAAAUUUUCACAGGACUUACAAUCGCAAUAAACACUCCGGUGUCCUGUAUUAGUCUAUACACUUAGUUGAAUGCACUUUUCAUAACUGUAUUUUCAUUUAUUCACAGACCAAAGAUAAUAAAAGUUCACCCUUUUU